AUGUUAAGUGUUCAGUUUAUUUUAAUAUGUGCGUUGGUUGGAAGAAUAAAUUCUCAAGGCUGGAGCACGGGAGAUAAUAAUAAUUAUAAUAGAAAUUACGGUCAAAAUGAUCAUUAUUCAAAUAACGCGUUCGGUUUCGGAGGAAGCGGGAAUACAUUGGAACCUUUUAGAAUGGUGUACGAGUGGAAACAACUGGAUUAUAAUUGGUUCGACGAAAUGACGAGGACUCAAUCGCUCAACAAUAAGCGAUACAUACCUGAAAAUAAUGCAUUGGUCGGUGUGAAAGCAUGGCGAGACAGAAUUUUCGUUACGAUUCCGAGGUGGAAAGAAGGCGUGCCGGUAACCCUUGCGUCGGUUCCCUCGCAACCAUCACCCAACAAUAUGUCACCUCGAUUGGAAGCUUUUCCUAAUUGGGAAAUGCAAGAAAUUGGAAAUUGUUCGGCACUUCAAUUUGUUCAAAGUAUGGAAAUCGAUACGGAGGGCCGAAUGUGGAUUAUAGAUACGGGAAGGAUAAAUUUAAUGUCUGGUAGUGGUCAAGAUUCAAGAUGUCCCCCUAAAUUAGAUUUUCUGGAAAUUACAAUCCAUCGGCUCCUUUCGGAAAUCCAUUUAACAAAAACAAUUUCAGAAUUGUUAAAAUGUUUAACUUUCCUAGUAAUUUAUUUGAACGACAUAGUUUUGGAUAAUUCAAAUGGAUGGUAUGCAUACAUAACGGAUAUGGGUGACGACCCCGGUAUCAUUGUUUACAGCCUUAGAGAUGAUCGAUCGUGGAAGGUCAAGGAUGCAACAUCCAUGAGAUCUGAUCCAGAUACUAAUUUCGUAUCAGUCAAUAACAUCGAUAUCGAUUUGCAAAGAAAGAAUCUUGACGGUAUUGCAUUGUCACCCGUCAUGGGAUACGAUAGAACCCUUUACUACUGUCCUUUGGGAAGUUAUAAUUUAUACUCAGUGCCAACAUCCGUGCUCAAAAAUCCAAAUCUUUCGAGUGAUAUAUCAUCGUCGGUGAAAGAUUUAGGACGGAAACAAUCCAUAUCUGACGGUAUGGUUAUGGACAACAGAGGAUUCCUUUACUACGGUUUGCUGGGUCAAAACGCUGUCGUUUCAUGGGAUUCGAACAGAGGUACCAGAAUCGACGAUGGAAGUAGAAUUCUCGCACGUGAUAAUAAUUUAUUACAGUGGCCAGAUUCUUUUGCCAUCGACGACAGUGGAAACCUUUACGUUGUCAGCAACAGGCUUCAAAAUUACAUAACCGGUCGAGUGAAUCUUAACGAGCCGAAUUACAGAAUUCUUCGUGCACCUCUCGGCAUAAGAAGCUACAUGUAUCCGGCAGACACCUCAAGACGAGGAGGAGGUUUCGACGGUCAAUCCAACGGCUACGAUAACUAUUGGGGCUCCGGAUACAAUAGCUACUACUACAAUUUCGCUGGAACGCCAUCAGUAAACGUUUUCCUUUUAGUUUCAUUUUCCUUUUUCCUCAUUGUGAGAUAA